AUGCAACAUAUUAAGAAAAAUAAUGGAGGAAGCCAAAGAAGGAUUGGGCUGAAGGAGAAACCAGAUUGUCCAGUAAUCACAGCCCCUUUUAAUCCACUUGAAUCAAUCUACAGGCAGGAUUAUGGUUCUCCAAACCGUGUGAAAUUAGAAUCUUUCCGCAAGGGAGCUUGGUAUGAACACAAAAGGAAUAUACCCCAGCCUGAUGAAAUAUUCAUGGUGCAUCAUAUAAAUCGAAAAGAGAUCAAAAGGGUGCCUACUCCUAUCAUGUACUGGGAUAGACACCCAACUGAAAAAGAGAUACAUGAAAUACUUGGUGGGGAUUUCAGCACUGAAUAUCAGGACAACUUUUCAGCAGGGAAUAAACAGCAAAUACCAAAAACUAUUCUUCCCAGAACAGAUAAGCCAGGGAAAAAAAUCCCUCAUCCACUCAUGACAGAAUUCCGAGAUCAAUAUCGUUUACCUUGCUUAAUCAAGGACUUCAUGAUUGACACUUCCCGUCAUGGUAGCAAUGCCACAAGAAAUAUUCCAACAAGAGGAAUAGUUCCAACAAUGACAUAUGCUCACAUUAAAAAUCAGGAGAACAGGAAGAACCCAACCACUUAUCAAGAGUAUUAUGGGAAUGACUAUGAUGGCCUUGCUUCAUUCCUUAAGUCUGUGGAUAUUGAAUCACUAAAUAGAGAACUGCAAAAUUCAGAUCCAAAUGAGAGAAAAGCACUGAGAAGGUUUUUGGAAUGUGUGACUGCAAAAUGUGUAACUCAGCCAAGGAAAUCAAAGAUCUGUUAA